UUCUUGAUUCAUUCCCAGAAACUUACCUCUUUGUCGUGUCGUUCUUGUCUCUCCUCCAAAGGUCUCCGCCCACCACAAUACACGAAACAAACCCUCUAGAGUCUCCUCAAGCCCUACACAUCUUUUGCAUAUUCUUGACGAAGAAGAAACCCGUGAACAACGUAAAAUUAGUCUCACGAAGCUCGCCACAUCGGUCGAUCUCUGCCGUCUCCUCUGACUCUCUUACAAGGCCAAUCUGGUGAACAGCAAAAUCUUCACGUUUCAAACUCUCCCGUUCUCUCUUUUUGUCUCUUCCUUUUUCUCUAAUCCUCGCCAAACUUCAUGCAUGGCGACGUAUUUAUACAUUCAUUAUCGGAAAUAUCAUUGACGUUGUUGGAUUUUGUAGUGCAUAUACAUGGUCAUACGGUGCAAAGAGUUUUCUUUCGAUGUGGAUGAGGGUGCUCUUGACUCCACCGGCAACAGACAAGCAGAUGAGCAACUAACCGGCAAAACUGGAAAAGGGAACGCCACCAGCUCUGGCGCCAAGAAGAAACGAAAGAAAUUCCAGAUCUUUUCAAGGGAUAGAGGUGGAGGAGUUAGCAAAGUAGAGAAGGUUGCUACCGGAAACAAAGGUACUAAAGACGUUAAGGUUGAAAAUGUUGUAGAGAAAUCAGGAGGAGUCAAGGCUUUGGAAUGGGACCCAGGAAAGUCAAAAGCGAGGUUCCAGGAGCAGCAAAAGCAGAAGAGCAAGAAAUGUGACCAGCUGGUCUCUCCUGCCAGGGUAAACAGCAACCAUGGCACAAGGGACAUCUACAUUGACAGAUUUCCAAGGAAGUCGGCAGUCAUCACAGGAGACAAAGGGAACUCAAAAGAAAGAAAUGGGGAGAAAAGGACCAACACAUAUGUGGCCUCCUCUCCCCAGGGUGGCAGCAAUGAGAUGUCGUAUGCAAAAGAGAGCCCUUAUAAUCAGAAGAAGAACGAAACAGAGAGAUCGAGCACCCUAGUUCUCAGGAUCAGACUGCAUUGUGAUGGCUGCAUUCAGAUAAUACACAAGUGUAUUUCAAAGUAUAAAGGAAUUGAAUCAGUGGCUGUAGAUGCGAGCAAGGAUCAAGUAUCAGUGACAGGGGUAGUGGAUGUGAAAGAAUUUGUAUCUUACCUAAAAGACAAGAUCAGGAGGAAUGUCGAAGUGGUUCCCACAAGAAAAGGAGGUGAUAACGAGAUUAACGACAUGGUUAAUAUGGGUGGUUUUGGUGGUGCUGGAGAUUAUGGCAAGCAAGAAGAACAUUCUCUGCCCACCAAGAAUGUAAACCAAAGAGAUAACCACUGGUCGCUACAACAUCCUGUCACACAUUGGAAUGAUGAAGAGCUCCAUGAUCAGAAUUAUGGCAUGGAAGCUUACCGAGGUUACAUUAAUCAGGGUGCUUCAUAUCAGCGAUUCAAUCAAUCAUAUGCCCCAGACAUUUUCAGUGAUGAGAACCCUAAUGCCUGCUCCAUCAUGUAA